AUGGCGAUGCUCAUGGCUUCAAGAUUUAACCGCGGAGCUAAUAACCUCGCACCAUCUCAAAUCCUGUCUUCACUUUUGGGAAACCGAAGCUUCAAUACAGUGAGAGCAUCAUCAUCAUCAUCCAUGGCCGCCACGUCUUCCUCUGCUCUCUUCCUUAAUCCGUUGACCUCUUCUUCUAGUCUCCGUCAUUUCAGAUGCUCGCCGGAAAUCUCUUCUCUCUCCUUCUCCGCGCGAACCGAUUUCUCUCUCGCGGUGAAGAGCCAGAGUCGGAGUUUCGCGGAUGUCUCGCAACGAGAUCCGUCUCUUGUGUGCGAGGCCGUGAAGCGUGAGACUGGAGCUGACGGACUCAACAUCGCUGACAAUGUGUCUCAGCUCAUUGGGAAGACUCCGAUGGUGUACUUGAAUAGUAUAGCAAAAGGCUGUGUAGCUAAUAUUGCUGCCAAACUCGAGAUCAUGGAGCCAUGUUGCAGUGUCAAGGACAGGAUUGGGUACAGUAUGGUUACUGACGCUGAGCAAAAAGGAUUUAUAACACCUGGAAAGAGUGUUCUUGUGGAACCUACAAGUGGAAACACUGGUAUUGGCCUUGCAUUUAUUGCUGCUUCGAGAGGGUAUAGGCUAAUCUUGACAAUGCCAGCAUCCAUGAGUAUGGAAAGGAGAGUUCUUUUGAAGGCAUUUGGAGCUGAGCUUGUGUUAACAGAUCCUGCAAAAGGCAUGACUGGAGCUGUUCAGAAGGCUGAACAAAUCUUGAAAUCUACUCCUGAUGCAUACAUGCUCCAGCAGUUUGAUAACCCUGCCAAUCCCAAGAUCCAUUACGAGACUACUGGUCCUGAGAUCUGGGAAGAUACAAAGGGAAAGGUGGAUAUAUUUGUUGCUGGAAUCGGAACUGGUGGAACUAUCACCGGUGUUGGCCGGUUCAUGAAAGAGAAAAACCCCAAACUACAGGUCAUUGGUGUAGAACCAACUGAGAGCGACAUACUUUCUGGUGGCAAACCGGGACCUCACAAGAUUCAAGGAAUCGGAGCUGGAUUCAUACCUAAGAAUUUGGACCAGAAAAUUAUGGAUGAAGUCAUAGCGAUUUCAAGCGAGGAAGCUAUAGAAACCGCAAAACAGUUAGCUCUUCUAGAAGGCUUGAUGGUUGGUAUAUCAUCUGGAGCAGCUGCUGCUGCUGCAAUCAGGGUCGCAAAGAGACCUGAGAAUGCUGGGAAACUCAUAGCUGUUGUUUUCCCGAGCUUUGGAGAGCGGUAUCUAUCAACGCCUCUGUUCCAGUCGAUCCGAGAAGAAGUCGAGAAAAUGCAGCCUGAGCUAUGA